UACACCGCGCGGGGCUAAACGGCCUUCCGGGACGCCGCCCGCCGCGAGGAGUUUGCUGUGCCCCAGCGCCGCGAGCCCCGGUGACUCGCCCUCGCUCUACCCAGAAACCUUCCGCCUGAGCCCGCGCGGGAGGAGCGGGGCCUCUGAGGGGAGCGGCAACCCCGCCGGCCCCGGUCUCUUUCCCUGGCGGCGGCGGCUUCUUCUGUAGGACAAUAUGUUCAAGAGAAUGGCCGAAUUUGGGCCUGACUCCGGCGGGAGAGUGAAGGGGGUUACUAUCGUUAAACCAAUAGUUUAUGGUAAUGUUGCUCGAUAUUUCGGGAAGAAGAGAGAAGAGGAUGGGCACACCCAUCAGUGGACAGUGUAUGUCAAACCGUAUAGAAAUGAGGAUAUGUCAGCAUAUGUGAAGAAAAUCCAAUUUAAAUUACAUGAAAGCUAUGGCAAUCCUUUAAGAGUUGUUACUAAGCCUCCAUAUGAAAUUACUGAAACAGGAUGGGGUGAAUUUGAAAUAAUCAUCAAAAUAUUUUUCAUUGAUCCUAAUGAAAGACCUGUGACCCUCUAUCAUUUAUUAAAGCUGUUUCAGUCAGACACCAAUGCAAUGCUGGGAAAAAAGACAGUGGUUUCAGAGUUCUAUGAUGAAAUGAUAUUUCAAGACCCAACAGCAAUGAUGCAACAAUUAUUAACAACAUCUCGCCAGCUAACGUUAGGAGCCUAUAAGCAUGAAACAGAAUCGCAUGCUCAACGGACUGCUGCAAUGACUCCUGGGAGCACAUGCCCAUGUCCUGAUGGCCGUCUGUGGUUCCCAGGCUGUAGCCUUUGGAGUGUCCAAAUGCGGUCUAUAGUCAAGUUGUGAGUCAAGGUGUAACUGAACCUAAGAUCUCCCCUGUUGGGCAGAGUCAGAAAGGCUUUCAUGGCAAACUGAAAAUAAAUUUGUAAGUUAAAAAAUUAGUUUACACACAUCCUCCAUUUCAACCAGUAGAACCUUCGUGCUAUUCCUCAAAUGUACUACCCUGCACUCUCCUGCUAUUACACCUUCCAUCUUCUUCCUUUGUUAAAAUAUUUCCUUUCUUCCAGGCCCAAAUUUCCCUCUCCCUCCUCCCAACUAAGCUCACUUCCUCUGACCCAUCAUAGUAUCUUGUUUGCCUCUCUUUUGUGUUGUUAUUCAUCCUGCUGUGAAAGUAUGAUAUACUUCUAUUACCGUCCUUCACACUUUUUUUCACUCUUGGCAAAAGAGGGCGAGUUGGUUUUGUUUAUCUUGAUAAUUGUAUAUAAAGCACUUGACAUGCCUAGCAUACAGGAAGUGCUCAAUAAACGAUCACUGGCCUUUUAGUGUUCUCUGUCAUUUAACUUUUAGGACCUGCCCGGGGUCUAUUCCACACUAGGGCACAAUUCUAGUUGCAGAUCUUGGCUUUUUCUUCAUCUACUCUAGCCUGUCCCAGUGCUAGGCACAGAGUCUUGCCCAGCUGUGUCCCAAGAUAUCACAAGCACAAAUAAGCCAAAGGUGAAAACUGACUUUGGCCUGGAAUGUACCAUUCAUGUGGGUCUACUUAUGCCGAGUUGUUUCUGUACUUAAGACUUUGGGAAAUUAGACAAAAUUUAUAGUGUGUUUUUAUUGAGUUUGAUGACCAGAACUAAGCUAUUUUUAUCUCUCUAAGAGCAAUCUAAAGUGUCAGGACUGCCCUGUCCAGUCUUCUAUGGUAGAGGUCUGCAAACAUUAUCCAAAAGGGCCAGAUAGUAUUUUAGGCCUUGGGGGCUAUACAUUCUCUGUCACUGCUGCUCAAUUCUGCAAUUGUAACAUGAAAUCGGCCGUCCCUAAACAAAUGAGCACUGUGUUCCAACGAAAAUGCAUUUAAUGACACGGAGAUUUGAAUUUCGUAAAAUUUCCACAUCAUAAAAUAUUUUCCUUUGUUUGAUUUUUUUUUCCAAGCACUGAGAACAUUAACAAACAAACAAACAAACAAAACCAUCCUUAGUUACCAGGCCAUGGGAAAACAGGCUGAGGGCCACAUACAGCCCCAGAGCCACAUAGUCUGCUUAUUCUUGGGUUUCCAAGACUAGGAAUGUACAAGAAUUGCCAACCCCAAGAGGGAGCUCUAGGAUUUGCUCUGUGAAUUCAAAGUAAAAGCCUGAGUUUGGGCCUUCGUCAAUGUUCUGAGCCCACUUAGGUUAGCCCAAGUUACCCCAUACAAAAGAGAUUUGCAAAAGAACCGUGAAGCUUAAGCACAAUGACUCAUUUCUUCUGUUUAAUCUUACCGAGGCUUGUCACCUCCCUGCUUCAUGAGUAGCUGCAAAGGCAUUCAGUCUGAGGAAUUCAUUUCCUAACCUCCUAAACUGACUGCAGUUCGGUUUCUUCCUUCACUCUGAUGCCCUCAUCAUCAGAGACCUUGGGGCCAUAUCCAACUGGGCAUUUUCAGGGUUUAUCUUAUCUAACUGAAUUGACCACUUUCUUUUCCUAGAAACUUCCUCUCUCUUUCUUCUCUGCCUUCCUCUCUCUGUGAUUUUUUUCU